ACCCAGCUUUCAGUGGGCUGGGCCAGAAGACCCUAGUUAAGUCACUCCACCUUGAAUCUGUCUUCUCCAAAUGGAGGAGCUGUUAUGAUUAUUCUAUGGCAUGAGUUCAGCCUUGGAGAGCAUAGACAAAAAUAGUAGCUGCAGUGGGCCACUCUCAUUAUUAGCAUGGAGAAGGAUGGGCAACAGGUGUCCAGCCAUCAGUGUUGACAACCCUUAGCGCCUGGCCUCUAUUCUUGAAAUCUGUCUGGACAGUCCAUGCCUGGGGUACUCUUGACCUUGUAGUGAAUAGAAGAGGAGAGGUUACAGUUUGGACAUGGGUAGAAUUUUGGGGGCACCUACAGGUGGAUAGUGUCCUUCAUUGGCGUCUUUGGGGGAAAGAGGAGGUAUGACAAGCUGGCUCUUCAGGAAAAGGGCAGUUUGUAAUGUUCCGUCUCUGUUCCACAGUUCAGAAUCAUGUCAUCAGUCCAGAGGAUAUGGCGCACAGCUAUGCCACCCUACCGCCAGAACAGCUCCUCAGCCACAGUGCCCAGGUCCCCUGGCUCAAGUGGCAGCCCCAAGUCCCCCAGUACUCCUGGCUCAGUGAAGGUGGCCUCCCCAUUGGAAUGUUCCAUCUGCUUCUCAGGCUACGACAACAUCUUCAAGACGCCCAAAGAGCUUUCCUGCACUCAUGUCUUCUGUCUUGAGUGCUUGGCUAGGCUGGCAGCGGCCCAGCCUGCAGGCCGUCCUGGCAGAGAAGCCGUGCCCUGCCCGUUCUGCCGGCAGCCCACAACUGUGCCCGCUGCUGGGGCUCCUGCACUGCGCACCAGUCGUCAGCUACAGGCCAAGAUGCCGGUGCACCUACAGAGAGAGGAGCCUGUGUGGCUGGAGGGCACCAAACUGUGUUGCCGCCCCUCGCCCACUGCUUCUGGCCAAGAGGCCAGUGACUUUGUAUGUGUGGAUGUAGGCCUGAGCAAACCAGCUGAGCCCACCGUACCUGUACCUGUCCAAGACCCUGCACCCAACCCAGGCUGUCUGGCCCGCUGUUGGGCACGCUGUAGGGAAUGGCGUCGUAUAGGGCUGGUGUCUGUGCUGUUGCUGGUGCUGUUUUGUGUGGUACUCUGGCCUGUGCACUGUGCACUCAAAACUGGAAAUCUGCAUUGCACUAGCCGGCCACCUGCAGCCACUGUCACCAUCGCUGCCACCACCGAUGCCCUCUCCCUUGGGCUCUUAGCCAACAACUAGGGUCACCACUUGGGCCAGGCCAGCUAUUCCAAAAACUCCAUGGCUAGGUCUCUAAUACACUGAGGUCAGGAACACAGCAGCUUUUGAAGUUAGUUGGUCCCCCAGAACCCCAUAUAGGACACGUACAUGUCCCUCACUCUCCAGGACUAGAUGCCAACGAGGACAAAAAGAGUCCUCAAAGCCUCCAAGAACAUCUAAAGGCUUCUAAAGGCUCGAGAGACUGCCCUGGGAUCCUGUCAUACAGAUGAGGAAAGGAACCCUGGGGACGUCUGGUCAGAUGUCUAGCCUCCCUGAACACACGGAACUGGCAAAAUGGCAGGAGUUUGCCAUCCUUCCUUUCCUAAGACAUUGCUGGGGGUGCUGAGCAGCUGGUUAUCCAAGAUUGAGAGUGAAGAGGCAGGUCACCCCCUGCCCAUGCCACAGCGGGAACUUGCCAGCUGUCCUCAGCCAUUAUGAAUAGUACAUUUCAAAAUAAAUUAUUUUGUAUAAAUAUUGUA